AUGGACUCCCAAGUUGGAAAGAGUUUGCGAUUCCUUCUUGGUCCGUGCCUUCUAGCUGGUCCUUGGAGCUGUGAGGCAUGGGGCGUGACUAGAGCAUGGAAGGGUUGGCAGGUUUGUGUCCACUUGCGCUGGGCUCAAGGAGAAGGCAACAAGGCAUCAGGCCUUGUGUGUGAAGUGGGCUUGCGCUGGGGCAAGCGGGCUAGAGCUGAGGCAAGGAGACGAUGGGCCUGGCACGAGGUGUGGGCAGCGCAUGUUGGUGUUGGGCCUUGCGCGAAGUGCAGGCUGGGAUGUGCGCUGGGCUUGGAGGCGCUAGCUGGGCUUCAAUGUAGCUGGGGCAGGAGGCGAGCUGGAGCAGUGGCUGGUAUGCGCGAUGGUCCCCCUAGGAAGACUCCGGGCGUGUUCUGCAUAUCCCUUAGAAUGGUUCCCCUUAGGAAAUUAGCAAGUGUCAGGACCCUCCUUAAGGGGCUCCGGGCGUGUUCUGCACAUCCCAUAGGAUGCCUUGGUCGUCGCCCUACGUCUCCAAAAGGACGCUGCUUAUGA